AAGGGCGGUUUGUAAGCCACCCAAAAAUUUACCAAGACCAACUUGUUUCAAGUUGGGGGUGGAUUCUUUCAGCAAGUUUGAAACCAAAGAAAAAAACAACAAAUAUUUAGUUCACUCGCAAUGGAUCCGCAUUUAUGAAUGAAACGCAAAGUGCAAGUGUUGGGGAUGGGCAUUGGAGUGGAAAUUUCAUUGUGAUUUUUGUUUUUAUGUCGGAUAGUGUUGAAGGUGUGCACUUGCAGCAGUAGCAGCAACGGCAGCAAAUGCAAUACCAGCCAGAACCAAAGCCGAUGCCAAUAUGUUGCAGUUAACGGUGAUACCUUUGAAUUCUUCCACCAAAAUAGACUGCACGCUGAGCUCGGAGAGUACCGGGCAGGAGUGUUUGGAGAAUGUGUGCCAGCGGAUUUCGAUUGGGCAGCCGGAGUUUUUCGGGCUGCGGUACGAGGUGAAGGGCGGGUCGAGCGGGGAGAUGCGAUGGGUGGAUUUGGAUCGGCCGAUUAGCCGGCAGUUGGAGAAGUUUUCCGCGAAUGUGAAGGUGUUGUAUUUGAGGGUGAUGUAUUAUGUGCUGUCGGGGGUCAGUUUGAUUAGUGACGAGGGGACGCGGAAUUACUACUUUUUGCAGUUGAAGCAUGAUGUGGUGGAGGGGCGGAUUAAUUGUGAUCCGAAGCAGGCGGUGAUUUUGGCGAAUUACAGUAGGCAGGCGGAGUACGGGAACCAUCAGGAUCGGCAUACGGUGGAUUACCUGAAGACGCUGCUGUCGUUUCCGCAGGAGAUGAUAAUGGCUAAUUUGUUGGAGCGGUUGACGGAGGAGGUCAUUCAUCAGGCUUAUGAGUUGCACAAUGUGACGCAGGGGGCGGCGGAGAGUUUGUACAUUUCGGCGUGUCAACAGCUGGAUGGGUACGGGCAGGAGACGUUUGCGGCCAAGGAUGAGAACGGGGCGGAUGUUACGUUGGGGAUCUCGGUGUCGGGGAUCAUUGUGGCGAGUGAGAGUAACAAGUUUUACCCGUGGCGGGAUAUUAAGAACGUACUGAAUCAUAAGAAGUACUUUAACAUUGAGUGUUCGGACGCGAACGAGAAUGUGCGGUUUACGGUGUCGGACUCGACGACGGGGUCGUACAUUUGGAGGUUGUGUGCGCUGCAGCACAGGUUCUUUGCGCGGUUUGAGAAGAAUCAGACGCAGGCGAGUCAGCUGAAUUUGAACCUGUUUCAGCACGAGAAUUUGAACGACAGUCGGGAUGAUUUGUUGAGUGAGAGUCAGUACCAGAUAUCGGCUUCGGCGAUGGGUCACAUCAUGGGUUCGGCCAACUGGCAGAGCAACAAUGAGUUGGCGAGCCACUCGAGCGUGUGGAACAACGCCGGGCCUUCGAUGAUGGUGGAGACGCAACCCUCGCCGGGGACGACCAACAUUGGCAGCGUCAACAAUCUGAACAACAACAGUCUGGCGAACGUCAACGCCAACGUCAUCCAGUCGCGGUCUUCGCUGCAGGCCUCAACGCUGGACAUCAACCUGAACUCGUCAUCUUCGGUGCCAUUGGAGUAUUCGAAUCACGGCUCGAACUGGGCCAUCAACCCGGCCGGUUCGAACGCCUCGCUCAUCAACCGUGCCCAAAGUUCGUCCUGUCUAGACUUGAGCAACAACAACGUCAGCCAAGACCGGGAGCGACUGAAAGCGUUACUCCCAACGUAUCGACCCGCUCCGGACUACGAAACUGCCAUCCAGCAAAAGUACCGCAACAGCACCAACGACGUCCGGUUAAGCAACGGGAACCUGCUCCACCUGUCCGCCUCCCAAAUGCUAGCUCAAGACCCCGGACACUUGGAGUACAACAUAACCGGCAGUCAACCGGACGUGUCCUACUUCAACCAACCCAUCCAGCACCAACCCACGAUCCACCAGCAGCCGUACCCGGACGUAACGCACCACACGACGACGCACAUGAUCGGUCCGCACUACUCGGACGCUUCCGACUACGGCCUAACGCAUCGCUUCAAGAUGAUGCGACUGGUCAAACCACCCCCGCCCUACCCGGCGAACCGCCUCAGCUCAACCUCAACCCCGGACCUUGCCUCCCACCGGGCCCUGCUCGGCUACCGCUCGCACGUGUCCGGAUCUAGUCCCGAUCUGGUCUCAAACCGCUCCCUGCUCAAUGCUCAACUCAUGCAAAUGUCUCAAAACAACCAGAUGUUCUACCCGGGCACCCACCAACAACAGCAGCAACAACUCCGACACUCCCAAAACAUCGUCCCGCACGGAACGUACGAGAAUCUAAACUUUGUGGAACCCACCAAACCCACCGCCAACGUCAUCUACUACGUCCCCCGGGAAGUCGAACACCUGCUCAUCACCCAGGACGGAACCCAGUUCCACAACGGCAUCAUCCCCAAACCUCACCUCAACCGAUCCGCCCAGCACAUCAACGGCUCCAUCGAACCCAUCUACGAAAACGUCCCGCUCCCCUGGAAGAACGAAAACGAAUCGCUCGGUGAAAUCCGCAACCGAACCUCCAGCGUCCAAUCCGCCCCCGGCAUCACCCGCCACACCCAACCCCAGGAACCCCAACAACCCCAAUUCCCCAUCCCGGAGCACGUCCACCCACCCCCACUCCCAGAACCAACCCCCGCCCUCCACGAAACCUUCACGAUCCCCUCGAACCAACCACCUCCCCAAAUCACCCCUCAAACCCAACCAAUCGAAGCCAUCAACCGGUCCCACUCGGCCGCAAACGUGCUGGACGCGUCCGCGUUCUCCAACUACACCCUCGAAACGACGACCACAACGACGAUGGCGGCGCCAGCCGCCUCCGCCAACUCAACGCACAACGAUUCCGGCAUCAGCUCCCACCCCAGUCACAACGUGAGUGCGGCAACGUCCGCGAGCAACUCGACGGCGAGUUCUUCGGUUAAGGAGACCAAGCGGAGGAAAAUCUGGGAUAUUCUCGGCGGGAGGUCGAAGAACUCGGCCGAUAAGCAGAAGAGUGCCACGUUGGGACGGGAAAAGGAUCGGAAGAAUAAGGCUGCGGCUGCGGCGGCGGCGUCGGCGGCUAGUGGAGGGGGAGGAAGUGCCAAUAGUUCGAUGAGUGAGGGGCAGAUUAAGCACCGGUGGUCGACGGGGAUGCCGAGGCAGCAGCCGCUGCCGGCGAAUAUUAGCAAGGAGAAGUUGUGCUCCCUGCUCGAGUCGAAGGUCGCCGACCCGCAGCUGUACUGCGAGUUCGAGCGCAUCCCGAAGCGCGUCGAGAACGCCAAGUACGACUGCGCGCUCGCCGACGAGAACAAGAACAAAAACUUCGACCCGAACUUCCUGCCGUACGACAACAACCGGGUGCGGCUGACGCCCACGCGGGACAACCGGAUGGGCUACGUGAACGCGUCCCACAUCACGAGCACGGUCGGCAACAAGCAGCGGUUCUACAUCGUGGCCGAGAGUCCGAACGACACGGUCACGACGAACGUCUUCUGGCAGUGCGUUUGGGAGGCGGACGUGUACCUGCUGGUUCAGCUGUCCAACGAGCUCAGCUACAUCCCGCAGUCGAGCGAGCGGUGUCUGGAGUACGGGCAGUACCAGGUGUGGCGAGAGUUCUCACAGGAAACGGACCGCUGCACCACGUCCAAGUUGCGUGUGUAUCAUACGCAGAGUCGGCGCUACCGGUCGGUGUGGCACAUUUCGUACAACGAGUGGGGCGACCAGAACUGUCCCCGCGACGUGGGACACUUUUUAGGCUUCCUCGAGGAACUCAACUCGGUCCGGCUGGCGUCGAUCGCCGAAGUUCCGCCCUCGCACAACACCAACCCGCCGGUUCUGAUCCACUGCAACGAGGGUGGUGGCCGCACCGGAGUGACCCUGGUCGCCGAUCUGCUAAUGUACACGCUGGACCACAAUCAGGACCUGGACAUUCCCCGCCUCAUCGGUCAAAUCCGCCAACAGCGGGACAACGUGAUUCCGUCGCUAGCACAAUACAAGUUCAUCCACGCGCUGCUCAUCCACUAUCUGAAGCAGACGCGGCUCAUCUAGAGUUCACGGUUCUCAAAAAACGCGCAACGUUUUAUCUUAUGAAACUUGGAAGUAUUUUCUUUUUUUUUGUCUGGAAUAUUUAAGCUUAACACAUACUACUUGACGAAACUAGUUUUAAAACGAUGACUAACACACAAACAAAACAGCUAGGGAAAAACUAAAACGAACCGCGCGUGCGUGCCUUAACGAAACAAUAACGAGAGGAUUGUUUUUAAACAUACUGGCCUUAAUCCUAAUCUAGCGAAAAGUAAUUGUAGCAAAAGUUUGAAGAAUUGUACAUAGCAAGAGCAGUUUAAUGUAAUGCCAUUUUUUACAUGUAUUUUAUACUAGGUUAUCUAACUUUAUAUAUACAUUUGUACUAACUUUUGGUAGCACUGAAAAAAGAGAAAGAGAGGAAAAGAGUUAUUUUUAUACCCAAACUAGAAGGCUAGCAAUAAGAAGAAAAAAAGUGUUACAUUUGUUUUGAUCAAAAGAGAAGUAUUUUAUAUCUGUAUUCGACUAACCUGUAUUGUAGUUUGUAUUUUAGACCCAAAACGAGAUGGCUCAAUUCGAAAAAAAAUAUACGUCCACAAACAGCAAAUUGUACUGUUUUAAAAUUUUAACAAA